AAGCCCACUCUAAUGAAUCUGCAUCUGAGCGCCCAGGACGUACCCCGCUGUGACCUUUGUGAGAAUGCCUUAGCCUCGUCUCACAGUGAUUUCUGCUUCAUCAACCUUUGCAGGCCUUGUAUUGGUGAACAUAUCGGUGAUGAAUAUACCAAACAUAAAGUUGUCCCAUUCAAUCAGCGGAAAUCCACUGUGAUCUAUCCAAUGUGCACAACUCAUGAAAGUCAGAGAUGUGAAUUUCAGUGCAAUGAAUGCCACAUAUUUGUAUGCUCUCUCUGUGUUUCAUCGGAUACUCACAAUGGACAUACAUUCUCAAAUCUGUUUGAAAUCUACAAAUUCAAAAAGGAAAUCACAGAAAAGGAUAAAUGUGAACUGGAAAACAUUAUCUGUCCAACAUAUGAGGCUAUCAUUACUGAGAUAGAAUCUGGAGUAGCAAAAAUAGAUGGAGAAUAUGAACACCUUUCAGCUGCAGUUAUAAAGUGUGGAGAGGAAUUGCGAAAAGAGAUUGAAAUUGCUGUCGAAAAAUUGAAUGGGGAUAUUGAAGAGAUGAGAACUAAACAUAUUGAUGUUUUGCAGAAACAUUUAGAGGAAAUAAAGAAGACACGUUCUGAUAUUCAGAAAUCUUUGGAAACCCUGAGAGAAGUCACGGAAUCAAAUGAUGUAGCCCUGGUAGUGGAAUUCAAAUCAAGAAACAAGGAAUUCUUUAGACUUCCUCAAAAAGUUGAAGUGACAGGGCCUAAGUUUGAUCCCAAAGCAAUAGACAGGCAACAGCUUAACCAGGUGAUUGGGACUUUAUUACCUCUUUCACCUAGGUCAGUGGAACAUGGCUACACAUUAAAGAUGCCUGCCAAAUGUCUUCAGGAUGACCCAGAACUUAUUGGGGCCAUUGACACGGGGAGUAGAAAGCUGUACAGUGUUACCUGCUACAGUGAUGUAAACAUCUGGAUUUGUGGAAGAUACAGUACCAUGAAAUGCUUUGACAACCAAGGAUCACUGAUUAAAUCAGUGGAAACCAAGUCUGGAGAAUGGCCUUGUGACGUUGCUGUGACAAAUGACGGUGAUAUGAUUUACUCCGACUGGGCGACAGGAAAAAUUAACAUGAUAGAAAAUGGACAGGAAAAAGAAAUUAUCUACCUGGAGGAAUGGGACCCUCAAAAUCUCUGUGUCACCUCAUCUGGUGACCUCUUAGUAACCAUGAGCAGUGUUGAGGAAUGGGAAGAAGGUGGGGAUGAAGAAGAUUCAGAUGAGGAGAUGAUACAAUGCAAAAUUGUACGUUAUUCACUGACAGAUGCCAAAGAGAAACAAACUAUACAAUUUGAUGACAAGGGAAAUCCUUUGUUCUCGGGAAACCGUUACAGUAAAUACAUCUGUGAAAACAAAAACUAUGAUAUCUGUGUGGCAGACUCCGAAGCUGGCGAAGUUGUGGUGGUAAAUGAAGCUGGUAACCUCAGAUUUAGGUAUAGGGGUCAUCCAUCUGCUGCCAGGAAUCAACAAUAUCAGCCCAAAGAUAGUUCUACAAAGAUCAACACAUUCAACCCAAUUGGCAUAACGACAGACAGCCAGAGCCAAAUUCUGACAGCAGACUGCCCAAAUCACCUUAUCCACAUCUUGGACAAAGAUGGACAUUUUCUUCGGCUGAUAGAUAAUUGUGAUCUGUACAGUCCAUUUGAUUUGUUUGUGGACAAAAAUGACAUCCUUCAUGUAACAGAAUAUAACAUUGGGAAAGUUAAAAAAGUCAAAUAUCUGGAGUGAAUACACACCACGUUGUUUAUAUAGUUACAAGCUUUUAUUUAUUUUUUUUUUUUUUACAUUAGAAUAGAUUUAAUAGCAAGUAAUGCUUUUGAUGUCAUUUUCUCAUUUUUUUGCACUGAAAAAUAGAAAUGA